CCGAUUGACCUUUAAUUUACCCAAUAGAAAGACAUAAUAUUAUCACUGUGAAAGGAGGGACUUCCGCUAAGUAAGCAUUGCGGCCUCUCCUGAAGGGCACCUGUGUCUCAUUCUGUUUUCUCGGAGGUCGCGUGUUUAAGGACCAUUUUUCCAACAUGGGUGGACACGACUCUGGUACCCAACACCAGUUCACUGGAUUUGCCAAGUACUUCAAUUCAUACACAUUAAUAGGAAGGAGGAAUUGUGUUUUUGCCACGUACGCCACCUUGAUUGGCAUCGGCCUUUUCUUUAAAUUUAGGCCAAAGAAACAGGCUGCUGUCAAAGCAGAAUAAUGUUUCUAUUUCAACCCAUCAGUUCUAGGUGGAGGGAGCAGCUUGAUGUGCUUGUAAUAAAAUAUUCCUGUUUGUUGUCACUCUGUUAAUAAAGAAGACAUGUGUCUAAAACGUAGAAAAA